UACUGUCAAAACUGUCAGAGAACCAUGCGGUUAUAAAGUUUUGCGAAUUACACAAAACUUUGGACAAAGCAUUGAAUUAAAUGGUGCACAGUGACGAUGGAUUACGUUGUAGGCAAUGUAGCUGCCUUAAUAGCUGGUAACGUGACGCCAAACCGCCCUAAACUCUCCAAAAGGGCCUUAACUCCGAUAAAGCAUAUGCCUUCUCCGAAUGUAACACCUAAAAGCGAAUUAGUUGACGAUAGAUCCAUAUUUCUGUCGCCCUCGGUACAGAAGAAGAAGGCUAUAGUCAAGAAGAGUCCUAAGAGAAUAUUCCAGAACCCGGACUUGGAUGUUACUAACGAAAAUGAAGGUAAUACAAGUACUACCAGUCCUAAGGCGGAUAAAGUUAAAAAACACCUAAAGGGUGAGUUAGAUGCUACUGUUAGUCCUAAGAAUAACUCUAAAGCAGCUAAAACAUCGGAGAAACAAGAAUCGCCUAAGAAAAAGGCUGUAAAUAGUGAUAUGAAUAAUUCAAUUGGAGAUAAUGUUAAUCCUAAUGAAUUGACGCCUAAAAAGAACAAAAAGAAACGCAAUUCAAUUACUGAGAAUAGAAGUGUCACUGAAAGCGUAAAAACAAAUCAGUCUGAAGGAACACCGAAGAAAAAUAAAAAGAAAAGAAACUCAACUUCAGAGGUUGGUCAAAAUGUUGCAGAAUCACCUAAAAAGAAUAAAACACAAAAUAAAGAAAAUGUACAAAAUGACACUGCCACCAAUAAAGAUGCAGAAACUGUUAAAUCUCCAAAAAAGAAGAAGAAAAAUAAAAAGAAACCACAAAAUACAGAAGUAGAAAAAAGUGAAAAUACUGUAAAUAAUGUUAAUACUGCUGAAGGUAGUGAACCCAAUGAAACUGAAGAUAUUCAACCCAAAGAAACAAAAGCAACCAAUCCUAAAAAGAAGAACAAAAAACGGAAGCAUCAACAAACCAAUGAAAAUUCAGAAGAAAAUGAUGGUAAACCUACAAAAACUAAAAAGAUAAAAGUGAACCCAAAUGCCAUAACUGACAAAGACUCAGAUUCAGAACAUGAGUCAGAUAACGAAAUUGAAUCUGAAACAGAGGAAAGUAAUAAAGAAGUGCUUGAGAAAUCAGCAGAGCCGGAAGAAGCCAGUUCUGAUGAAGAAGAUACUCCGACACCAAAGAAAAAAGAGAAAGUGGAAGAAAAAGAGACAGGGAAAGUAAGGGAGGUGAAUACAGAGGACGAAAUUAAGAGGACAUUGUUUGUUGGCAAUGUGCCCUUCAGUAAGAAGUGUAAAAAAGAGAUAAAGAAGAUUUUUAGCAAAUAUGGACAGAUUGAGAGUGUUAGGAUCCGCACAGUGCCAGUGAAGGACCCCAGCGUGACCCCAAAGCUGGCUGUGAUCAAGCAGGAGCUUCAUCCAGAAAGGAGCACUGUCAAUGUCUAUGUUAAGUUCACCAACCCACAGUGUGUUGAUCAGGCGUUAGCAGAGAACAACACAGUCCUAAACAACAACCACCUCCGCGUGACCCGGAGCGGCAGCACCGGCGCGGAGCACGACCCGAGACACUCUGUGUUCGUUGGCAACAUUCCCUUCGCUUUGGAAGAUGAGGGGUUGAGAGAGAAGUUUGAGAAGUGCGGAGAGAUUGAGUCGGUCAGGAUUGUGCGGGAUAAGAAGACGAAUGCUGGAAAAGGUUUCGGUUACGUCAACUUCACGUCAAAAGAUGGCGUGGAACUAGCACUCGCUUUAACAGACGAAGAUCUUACCAUCAAGAACAGAAUCAUGAGGGUCAAGAGGUGUACGCAGGUCACACAAAGACAGGCGCAGAAGGGAAAUAACAGGCCAGGUUUCCAAGGAAAGAAACUCAGUCAAGGUGACAGGCAAAGGAAUCAAACGCCAGGCAAAUUCAACCAAGGACGUAACCAAGGGUUCCAGGGAAAUAGGGGAGGGAACUUCCAAAAUAGGGGUGGGAAUUUCCAAAAUAAAAGUGAGAAUUUCCAGAAUAAGGGUGGUAACUUCCAGAAUAAGGGUGGUAACUUCCAGAAUAAGGGUGGGAAUUUCCAAAAUAAAGGUGGCAAUUUCCAAGGGAGGGGCGGAAAUUUUGGAAAACAGAAUGAUGGCGAGAAGGUUGGGGCUGAGAGAAGGUUAAUGAAUAAGAGAAAGAGUCAGGAGGGAGGUGACGGUCCCCGCGACGAUCAGCCACGAGAGAAGAAACCUAGGAAGGAGUUCGUAGGAAUGACUGCAGAGAAAAAAAAGAAACGCAAGUUUGACAAGGGACAGAAGAAAAAGAAGGCUCUAAGCGAGAUUUUAACGAAGUAAUUUGUGAGCGUCAGGACCCCUGGACCACUACAGAUAUUUGAUGUUUAGUACAUUCUAAAAUUUAGUACCUAUUUGAUACUAUUUGGUACCUGAGUACAU